CUUAUCUACUCGUCUAUAUACCUGAAGUUAUUAUUGGGCUCCGAUCAUGAAGAAAGGUCUUCCUUCAUCAUCUCUCAUGUCAAUAAUGAUAAGUGAAAGAGAUGAAGGACAUUAUGGAGCAACUUGCAGCAGGGUUGAAGGAUGGCACAUUGGCAGUUCUCGCCACUGAUGUAUCACGCGUCUCCUUUGGCCGCCUGGCCCCCUAUAUCCUGGCUGGCUUUGCAGCAUAUCCAGUGCUAUGCUCUUUUCUCCGUUUUCGCAAGAUGCGAUGGCUCCAUCGCAAGUACAAUUUCCCAACCCGCGAGUCCCUUGCUCGCAUGACCGAUGACGAAGCGUGGGAAAUUCAAAGGGUCCUAUUGCAGCAGGAGUUCCCUUUCUUCUUCAUCAAAGCGCUACAAUUUGCGCUAUUCAGGACGUACGGCAUCCCCACUAUAUCCGGUCUCCUGACAGCGACGAGCCAACUCUCAAACCCUGAGACAUCCCUCAAGCGCUACACCGAUACCAGCGCCCUGAUCCAGGAAUUCAUGGGAAAUGCCCCCUCCUCAGAGCGCGCCUGCACUGCCCUCGCACGCACCCGCUUCCUGCAUACUGGGUACCGCGCCGCGGGCAAAAUCCAGGAAGACGACAUGCUGUACACGCUCGGCCUCUUCGCUAUCCAACCCGUGCGGUUCAUCGAAAAGUUCGAAUGGCGCACGCUCAGCGACAUGGAGAAAUGCGCCAUGGGUACCUUUUGGAAGAGCAUCGGUGACGGAUUGGAAAUCAGCUACGAGAAUCUCCCGUCAAGCAAAACGGGGUUCCGCGACGGUCUCCACUGGUUGGAGGAGAUCAUGGCCUGGAGCGACGAGUACGAAGUCCGAAGCAUGCUUCCGGACAUGAAGAACCGCGAGACGGCCGACCAGACCACCGCCGUGCUGCUGUACAUGAUCCCCGGCCCGUUGCAGCAUAUCGGGCUGAAGUUCGUCUCGUUCAUGAUGGACGAUCGUCUACGGAAAGCCAUGCUGUACGACCCUCCCCCCGCCGCCUACACCAAGGUAUUCUCCUUUCUCCUCCGCGUCCGCCGCUUCGUCAUGCGCUACCUCGCCCUCCCCCGUCCCUACUUCCUCCGCUACGAACCCUACACAGAACGCCCAGACGAGCGCAACCGCAUCUUCAUCACCCACUGGGACGCAGCCCCCUACUAUGUCAAGCCGACCUUCUGGAACCGCUGGGGCCCAACCGCCUGGCUCACCUGGGCUCUGGGGAAGCCGCUCCCCGGCGACAUGGGCGACAAGUACUACCCGCAGGGCUACUACAUUGCCGACGUGGGCCCAACGUACUUUGAAGGGAAGGGCCGACAGACCGUGGGGAAGAUCACGGAGGAGCUCAAAGUCUCGAGGGCGGGGAACUGUCCGUUCAUGUGAGAUUUGACCGGUCCCGUUAGCUUCUUGUUUGCGUCACGUCCGUUGUGUGCUGCAAAAGGAUGGCGCCAUGUGCUUCCUAAAUGUCCCAAUAUACCCCCACUCUCUGCGGCCAGCCGACUGUUCUGGACAGUCGUCGUACAAUUUUCGAUAAAGUGAUGUCGGUCUAGCUAAUGGUGACACAAACUGGGUCUUCCAACAGAGGGGAACAGUAGUGGACACAAGCGAUCUUUGGAUGAAAGCUUUCUAUAUGUUGCCAGAAACAGAUGCGCUGUCCUAUGGUUCGGCUUGAUAGCUCCAUACAAUUUACUCGAGUUAUUUCUAAUCUGCCCGGGUGGACCAUUGACGGAGGAUUGCCGACAAUGCUUUUGAACUUUGUACUAUUUGAGUCCAAUACUUUCAGAGGCCCUGGCGACCAUAAGAAAUUAAGAAC